AGCGGCAAGAGCGAAAUUCGCACACGCACCUCUGCACACACACACUCUCGACAAGCCUUCUUCACAGAGGCGCAUCGGUGCUGAACGACAAGUGUGUGUACGACAAACAAGUUAGUGAAUUCAGAGACAGAAAUUAAGAAACAGACUUUGGAGAAGAAGACUAACAGACACCCAAAUGAUUGGCUGAACACUGACCCCCAGGAGACAUACAGGUUCUCUCAACGUGCAGCUAAAGAAGACGAGGAGACGACAGAACUAACUCAGUUCUUUGAGACUAAAACGAGAUCUUGUUGGUACCCGAAGACCUGAGCUUUAGAACCAGACCAGUACUUGUGGUUGAAGCCUAGAAGCUGUGGUCAGAAUUGAUUCAGAAACGGUCAGAAGUUCUGACAAGAAGGUGCAGUCAUGCAGAAAGUAUCUGUGGUCCUGUUGGUGGGAGUCCUGAUGGUGCUGGUGACUCUGUGGGCUGGAGUGGACACAGCCCCCACCCUGCUGACUGACAGAGGUGACAUAAAGCUAACAGGUCCAGCUACAGGCGACUCAAUUGUGCAAGAGAGAACGGAACCGUCAACGGUCAACGCUUCUAAACUGCUGAAGACCAUACUGAUGACCAGCAUCCCUGUUGGUCGAGAAAAGACAUCCACACCCACCAGCAGCCUGGAUAGACGAUUGAAGAUGGAUCCGGUGAUGAGCAGUCCAGAUAGACGAGCCCAGAUCCUGAAGAUGCUGUCAGCGCUGGAGGAACUCAGCAGGACGAUCAACAGCACUCUGAGCACACGGAUGACCAUGAUGCCCAGAGGGUCAGCAAACGGCAGAAAUUCAGGAAAGAAGAAGAAAGUGGUAGCGGAUAGAGUGAAAACCACCACAGUGCCUCCUGUGGAUGUUGGAGGUAGCGUCACUGCAUCCCGGCCCAGCACUGACAGCAUAGACAGCCUGAGUGGCCGAAACUUCAAGAAGUCCCUCCCACAGCAACCCAAGAAGCCCAGCAACAAGAGAGUGUGUUUCUGGAAGUACUGCUCCCAAAACUGAUCCUCCACAGACCCUGACAAACACCCCUAUAAACAUCCAUGGUACCCUCCAAACCAACAUUCACUCCAUCCUACCCCCACCCUACACCCAGGCACUAGGCAACCAAUGCGGCGAGGCAUCGGAGGCCUGUCGCCACCACUGACCUUUUCAUUGGCUCAUGAAUGGCAACCAAUGCGGCGAGGCAUCGGAGGCCCGGCGCCACCACUGACCUUUUCAUUGGCUCAUGAAUAACAGUACUGACCAAUCAGGUUGCCCCAUCAUCGACGUGUGUACUUGUGCCUAUGUGCACGAAAGUCUGUUAACCGUUUAUAGAAGAGAAAACGCUGUGUGUUAUCUCUAAUAAAGAUGACCCAAGCAUGAUAAAACUA